AUGGGACAAGAUUUUGAGGAUGAUUAUUUGACAUAUCCCACACACGAUGCUCGAGAAGGUAGAUCGUGUGUGAAUUGUACAGUGAGUGCCAAUAGUACGCAAGCAGAAAGCAUGAAAAUUCCAGCGGAGCAGCAGAAAACAUCAGAGACACCAGCAAAGCAUCGAGAAAAACGCAAUCUGACGAUUUUAUCGCGUAAAACCUUCUACGCCAUGAUCAGGGAUAAGUUAGAUAGAUCUGGUUAUCCCGCAGAGGCCUGUUUGCUGCGUUUGAUAUGCGAGACGAAUGCCUCAACGCUGGGCGAGAUCAAUGGACUGCUGGGCAACAUUGUGCAUGUUAUAUUUAGCCCCAGCAGCUCCAGGGAUGAGCARCUACCCAAUGCCUACUAUCAAGCCGAGUCCGAUGGACUGCAGCAGCGAUGUGCGAAUUACGAUGGUGAUUGUCCACACAAUGUAUUGGAUUUAAUAUCGGUGCCCGUGGAGCGAGUAAUACAAGAUCUUGUACAUAGAAGAAGAAGAAAAUAA